AUGGAGAGCUAUGGAGAUCUGAUCAACAACAAUAAGGUUGUCUUGGCUGAUGGAAACUAUGGUUUCUGGAAGUUAAGGAUCAAAUCCAUAAUAGGAGGAAUUGAUCGUCUCGUCCGAAAGACCAUCUUAGAGGAAUGGGAGGAACCAACUAUCAAAGAUGAAACUGGUAAGCGAAAACCAAAACCUGAGGCAGACUGGACGGAGGAAGAGCAAAAGAGAUCAAAGUACAAUUCCAGAGCUUUAAGUGUCAUUCAUUGCAGUGGUGGGAGAAAGCAAUUUGAAUUAAUUCAGGGAUGUGAGACUGCUAAAGAAGCAUGGGAUAUUUUACAAGUUCAUUACGAAGGAACAACAAAGGUGCAGAGCUCUAGGAAAGAUAUGUUGGCUUCCAGAUUUGAAAAUCUCAGGAUGGAGGAACAUGAGUCGAUUUCGGACUUCAGUUCGAAGCUGAGUUCCUUAGCACAAGAAGCUUUAAUUCUCGGAAAGAAGUACAAAGAUCAAAAGCUUGUAAAAACGUUUUUGAGGUGUCUACCUUCAAAGUUCAUGGGUUACAAAACAACACUUACUAUGUCUCAUAAUCUAGACAGUCUCAAGUUUGCAGAGGUAGUUGGUAUGUUACAAGCUCAUGAGAUGGAACUAGAAGGAAUUAAAAAACCUAAAGGAUUAGCAUUGGUCGCAAAUAAAGAUUCAGAUGUAACUAAUAUAGAGGACCCAGUAAGUUUACUUGUUCGCAGAUUUGAUCGAGCACUAAAGAGGGUAGAGCAGAGUCAAGCACAAAGGAGGACAACAUAUUUCAGAAAAACUACAGAGGAUAACAAAGCUUCUAGGAAAAAAAAUAUGCAGUGUCAUGAAUGUAAGGGGUUUGGUCACUUCAUUCGUGAAUGUCCUACAAUCAAACUACGAGAAACAAAGUGCUCAAUCUGUAGAGGUAUUGGACAUUCUCAGGAUGAUUGUGUUAGUAAUUCAACAAACAAAAAGGAAAGGUCAAUGAUCAACAUUGAGAAUGAAUCAGAAGAUAACAGCAGUAGUGAAGAUGAGCUCAUAAAUUUAGUAGCAAUGGUAGGGAUUACAGAGUUUGAAAACGGAGAUGAGGUAACCGAGUCAGAAUCAGAGAACAAAGAUGAAACAUAUAUCAUUCAAAGCUACAAGGAGGUACGUGAUACACUUGUAACAGUGGGAAAAGAAAAUCAAGAACUGCAGAAAGAAAAAACUCGACUAGAAGCACUAGUUAUGACACUUCAGGCUGAGUUAGAAAACGAAAGAAAGAUUGCCAAAGAUUCUUUGGAUUUGAUGAAAGAAAAGCUAGUAUUAUCUGCAAAAGCAGACAGACUUGAAGAAGAACUCAAUGAAGAAAAGAAAAAAUCUGCUAGGUUGCAAACAGAGCUAGAUCAACAACACAAGAAGAUCCAUAUGUUUGAAGGAACAAAACAGCUUGACAAAAGAGUUAUGGAAGAACUGAAAAAAUUCAUAGAGGCUUAG